AUGUCGCUGCCGCCGCUGCUGCUGCUGGCCCUGGCCCUGGCGGCCGCCCCGGGCGCCCGAGGCGCCUGCCCUGCGCCCGCUGACCUUAAGAAGGAGGACGGCACGCGCACGUGCGCCAAGCUCUACGACAAGAGCGACCCCUACUACGACAACUGCUGCGCGGGCGCCGAGCUGUCGCUGGAGCCCAACACCGACUUGCCCUACCUGCCCUCCAACUGGGCCAACACCGCGUCCUCGCUGGUCGUGGGCCAGCGCUGUGAGCUCACCGUGUGGUCCAAGAAAGGCAAGGAGGGCAAGACACGCAAGUUCUCGGCCGGCGCCUACCCGCGCCUCGAGGAGUACCGCCGCGGCCUCUUCGGGGACUGGAACAACGCCAUCUCCGCGCUCUACUGCAAGUGCUCCUGA